UUAUAUACAAAAUUUAAGCUCUGGCAUAUCCUAUAAAUAGUGGAGCUUUAGGAAUCAUUUAGAACACACAAUUACAUACAAAUAUGGAAGUGAUGAAUAAGAAGAAAGUUAACUCCUCUAGAAAGAUGAAGGGUGGAAUGAUCACUAUGCCCUUCAUAUUUGCAAAUGAGAUAUGUGAGAAAUUGGCAGUGGUGGGGUUUGGUACAAAUAUGGUCAUUUACUUGACAAAUGAGCUCCAUCUUCCAUUAACAAAAGCAGCAAACACACUUACAAAUUUUGGUGGCACUGCAAGUUUGACACCAUUGAUUGGAGCUUUUAUUGCUGAUACUUUUGCUGGAAGAUUUUGGACUAUAACUGUUGCUUCUAUCAUCUACCAAAUUGGCAUGAUCAUUUUAACAUUAUCAGCAAUACUUCCACAACUAAGGCCACCAUCAUGCAAAGAUGAUGAAUAUUGCAAAGAAGCAAAUUCAAGUCAAUUAGCCAUCUUAUAUGUGUCAUUACUCUUAACAGCCUUUGGGUCAGGUGGAAUUAGGCCAUGUGUUGUUGCAUUUGGGGCAGACCAAUUUGAUGAAAAUGAUCCAAAUCAAAAAACACAAACAUGGAAAUUCUUUAAUUGGUACUAUUUUUCUAUGGGAUUUUCAAUGCUUGUGGCUGUCACAGUAAUUGUUUAUAUUCAAGAUAAUAUUGGAUGGGGUAUUGGAUUUGGUGUCCCAACAAUUGCUAUGCUUAUAUCAAUUGUUGUUUUUAUAUUUGGAUACCCUUUGUAUAGAAAUUUGGAUCCUGCUGGUAGCCCUUUUACUAGGCUAGUGCAAGUUUGUGUUGCUGCCUACAAGAAGAGAAAAUUGGAUAUGGUAAAUGAUACUAAUUUGCUUUAUCAAAAUCAAGAACUUGAUGCUGAUAUUUCUACUGCUGGCAAUCUUGUCCAUACUAAGCAAAUGAAAUUCUUGGACAAAGCAGCAAUAGUAACAGAGGAGGACAACCCGAAAUCUCCCAAUCUAUGGAGGCUAAACACGGUCCAUCGCGUAGAAGAGCUCAAAUCGAUCAUAAGAAUGGGUCCAAUAUGGGCAUCAGGGAUCAUCCUGAUCACAGCAUACGCACAACAACACACAUUCUCAGUCCAACAAGCCAAAACAAUGGACAGACACUUGAUAAAUUCCUUUGAAAUUCCAGCUGCCUCGAUGACUGUCUUCACAUUAACAACAAUGUUAUGCACCGUUGCCUUCUAUGACCGCGUAUUUGUCCCUAUUGCACGUAAGUUCACUGGACUCGAACGAGGAAUCUCUUUCCUAAGCAGAAUGGGAAUUGGAUUCUUCAUAUCUGUCCUAGCCACUUUAGUAGCUGGAUUUAUUGAAGUUAAACGAAAAAAUGUUGCAUCAAGUUAUGGACUAGUCGAUAAACCAAAAUCAAUAGUUCCAAUUUCAGUAUUUUGGCUUGUGCCACAAUAUUGUCUACAUGGUAUAGCUGAGGCAUUUAUGUCAAUUGGACAUCUUGAAUUUUUCUAUGAUCAAGCUCCAGAGAGUAUGAAAAGUACAGCCACCGCGUUGUUUUGGACAUCGAUUUCAGCUGGGAAUUAUUUGAGUACAUUUCUGGUAACGUUAGUUCAUAAAUUUACUUCAGGACCGAGAAGAACCAAUUGGCUGCCUGAUAAUAACUUGAAUAAGGGGAGAUUAGAGUAUUUUUACUGGUUAAUUACGAUUCUACAAGUGGUUAAUUUGAUUUACUAUUUGUUUUGUGCAAGAUUAUAUACUUUUAAGCCUAUUCAGAUGGACAAAACAGAGGAUUUGGAGACUAAAAAAGAUGGGAUUGAACUUGUAAACAAUGUUUAGUUUGUAUUUUGUAACUUUAGUUUAUAGUAUUAUUAUGUAAUAGUUUUUAGGUUAUGAGGAAAGAAAAGAAUGGUUAUGAAUAGUUGAAUGUAAUAAUUAUUAAUAGAUGGAAUAAUAAGACUUUGACUA